AGAAAGAAUAUCAAAUAUGGUGACUCAAGAUUUCUCCCUCUCUAAAACCCUAAACCCUCCGUUCUCUCUUCUCCACUGCUCAUCUCUUUCUCGAUUCUCCAACCCUCUCCGAAAGACUCUCACUUUCCGACCUCGGAAUGUCCCAAAACCCUUCCAAAUUAUUUCCCACUCCAAAACCCAUCUCCCCAUCCCCACAUUUCCACUCCAAAAUCUCGCGGCGAGAAGCAGAGAUGUCCGCUCUUUCGCUGGCCGGAGCAAGAAAAAGGCAGGCGGAGGUGGCUCAUCCGGCGGUCGUAUCGAGGGCAACGCUGAGUUCCGCCGGGAGGUGAAGCGUAAUGCUCGUCGGAGAAACAAGAAGAUGGCCGAGUCUCUCUUCUACCGCCUGAAAAACCCGAACCGGAAUCACCCCGAUAAUUUCACCGAAGAUGAGCUCCAAGAAAUCGGACUCGGGUACGACCGAUUAGUUCGGUUCAUGGAGAAGGACGACCCCAAUUUGCGCCACCCUCAUGACUGGUACAAGUACGGCCAAUUCGGGCCCUACUCGUGGCGCGGGGUGGUGCUCGGCGACCCAGUUCGAGGGCGGUUCUCUGACGAGCGAGUGGCAAUGAUCAGCGAGGUAAGGGAUGCCGAGGAGUGGGAGAGGAUCGAGCAAUUCGAAAUGGGUCAGAAGUUUGGGAAAAGAUUGGAACAAAUGGAUAGGACUAAGUUGAAGUAUUUCUGGAUUUUUGUUAGGCACCCAAGAUGGAGGCUAUCAGAGUUGGCAUGGCAGCAGUGGACAUUGGUAUGUGAAGUGGUUGUUGAAGCUGGAGAUCAGAGGUUGGAUAAGUGGAGUUUGAUGGGUAGGCUGGGGAACAUGACUAGGUCAAUGAUAACCAAAUGUGCAGCUUGGAUGAGACCUGAUAUAAUCUAUGUUAAGAGGCCUGUUUAUCAAUGUAGGUUUGAGCCUCAAGACAAUUUCUUUAGGGUUCUUAUGCCGUAUCUCGAUCCGAAAACGGAGAUGGAUUGCUUGUUUGAGUUGGAGAAAGAUGAUGGGAGUGUUGAAUUGUGUACCUACUAUGGUGGGCUUUGUAAGAUUUUGAAGGUGAGCCAAAAGGCUGCCUAUGUUGAUGAUGUGGUUAAGGCUUAUGAGAAGUUGAGUGAUGAGAAGAAGUCAAAAUGUUUGGAGUUUCUGCUGAAGAAUCAUCCAAUGCAGUUGUUGCAUCCUUACACAAAGGAGUGGAAAGCCAAGUUGGAGGAGAUGGAAUUGGGUUGUGAUGCACCGGAUGAUGAGAGUGAUAUGCGUGUGCCCGAUGAUCUGGGUCAGAAUGAGAUUGUGGAUUGGAUUGAGGAAGAAGAUGAAAUUGGUGGUGAUGAUGAGGAUGACAAUGUAGUGAUGGAUAUGGAAGAUGGUGAAGAAGAAGGAGAAGAAGAUGACAUUGGUGGAGAAGAAGAAGAAGAUGAUAAGUAUUGGGAGGAGGAGUUCAAAAAGGCAUUGGAAAGCUCGGAAGGCAUGGAGAAGCUAGUGAGGAGGAGUGUGGAAUUGUCUAAUGAGCGUUAUAAAGAGCAUUUAGGUGCAAUGGAUAUGGAGGGUGCAGUAGAAGAUGGAGAUGUAGAUGGAGAUGAAGAUGUGAUGAGGGGUAAGAGGGCUAAAGUGAGUCCUGAGGAAUGGAAGAUUGUGGGAAUUGGUCCAUGGAGGAAAAGAAUCAAGAAAAGCAGAAUCCCUCCUGAACUGUUUCUUAGAGCAGCAGUUAGACCUUUCACUUACAGAAAUCUAGUAAAGGAGAUUGUUUUGACCAGGCAUGCAAUUUUGGAUGGUGAUAUUAGUGCCAAUGAUAAAAUACUGUAAGAUAAAGAUUUAUGUAGAGUGGUGUUAUCAUUGUAUCAUAUCAUUCAAUCUCAUUCUUCAUUCAUAUAAUGAAAUGAAUUUGCUUAGUUUCAUAUCAGAAAAAAUUGCCUCUUAUUACAUUCUUUGAUGAGGAAUGGUUAGAUGUGCGUUUAUAGUUUUUAUUGCAUGGUCAUCAGAAUUAAGUUUCCUCCCAUUAGCAUCUGUUCUUGUAAUGGUCAACUUUAAGAAAAUACAAAGGUUUUUCUUUAUCUUAA